AUGGACAUUACAAAUAUCUUAAAUAACAAAGCUUCUGGUGUUCCUGCAGAAGUGGAGCAGCAGAUACAACAGCAGCUGGCGCAGGCUGCACAGGCCACUGGUGGCAGCGGAAAUGGUGGCGAUCCGGCCUCGGAAACUGCUUCGGAGCAAGCGGCAUCCCCUCGAACCACUGAAUACGCUCGAUACGCACCACCUCCUCGUUCCUCUCAACCAAUGCAUCCAAUGCCCAAUGUUCCUAGCGAUAUGCCGUAUCAUGCCCAGCCUAUGCAGGCACCAGUGCCUGUGCUACAAAACGGAUACAACCCAGAUCUUGUGAUGCCAAAUGGAUAUCCCCAGCCCGAGGUUCGCGAGGCCCCAAGACCGUUCUCCAGCGAGACACCGCAGAAGGCAUUUGCGUGUAGCAAUUGUGGAAAGGGAUUCGCGCGACGAAGCGAUCUUGCUCGCCACGAACGGAUUCACAGCGGCCAUCGCCCCCAUGUUUGUGACUAUCCUGGAUGCAAGAAGCAGUUUAUCCAACGCUCCGCCUUAACUGUACACUCUCGUGUGCACACGGGCGAGAAGCCCCACCGAUGUGAACGAUGUGGGAAGCCAUUUAGCGAUUCAAGUUCUUUGGCGCGGCACCGACGCAUCCACUCCGGCAAGCGACCUUAUAUGUGCCCAUAUGCCGAUUGCUUGAAGACCUUUACUCGCCGAACAACUUUGACGCGCCAUCAGAACCAUCACACGGGAACGGUCGAGGAAGCUGCUGCUGCACGAGCAGCUGCUUUGGCUACUCGACCGGGUGGUCGAGCCCCGGGAGCACCCCAUUCGGAGCAAGGAAGCUUCUCAAACACUGUUUCGCCCCAUUCGACGCCUUCGCCGGGCCAACGUACAACCUCAGUGUCUCCGCCAGGCGACCUUCCUCCCAUUCCCACGCUGCAGCGUCCCCAUGCUGAAUAUACUUAUAUGAGCAAUGGGCCGAUGCCUGCUGCACCUCUCCCUCCUCAUCUCCGUGGAGAUCUGCAACAGCCCAUGUCGAGACCGGCUUCGGCCUCCCUCUCUUCCUAUGGUGCUAGCCAGCCACGACCUUCGUUGACAUCGCACCCGAGCGGAUACGGUCCACCGCCCACCUUAGAACCUCCUCCCACCGCGGAUCACCGCCAGCCGACGAGCGCGAACGGAAGCCCGCAUGCUACCAAUAUGGCAUGGCCAUCGCCGACCCACGCUGGAUUGGUAACUCCUACUCCGGGUGAGCCUUACGUCUACCCCGAGCCGCUCUACAGCGCUUCUGCAUCCCACCUCUACUACCCCGCCUCCAACAUGCGUCGGCCGCAAAGCACUGAGCCCGAGGCUUAUGACCCGCGCGCCCGAAUGCAGGGAGAGCCGAGCUGGGCGGCGCCUGUUUCGUGA